AUGAAUAAGGAAGCUAGACAUGAUACCGGCUCGAACGUCGCCCGGGUUACCAAGGUUCGCGCUGGUCCGCUCCCGCUCCGGCGACCAGUGAGAAGUAAGCUAGGACGCAAGGUGGACCGCAAGGAGGACAUCAAGAAACAUCUGAGACUCGCAGGAUGGAACGUGAGGACGCUGCUUGAUCGACCUGGAUCUAAACAAACCGGAAAGGCAAACAGCGCUAGCAGCAAGGGAGUUGUCAAGUGGAAGAGAGGAGAGGGAGAAAAGAGAGGCUGGAGUUGGUUUUGCUAUAAGAAACCAAAUCGCCCAGAAGUUGGAACAAGAACCGGUAGCUGUAAGCGACAGAAUAAUCACUCUACGCCUUCCUCUGCAGGGGACGGUGUGGGCUACUUUGUUAGUGUCUACGCCCCGACCAUGACUAACCCUGAUGAGAUAAAGGAAGAUUUCUAUCAGAAGUUGAGGGAAACUAUCAGAGAAGUGCCCAGCACCGAUAAGCUCAUUAUAGCCGGAGACUUAAAUGCCAGAGUUGGAGAUGAAGUGGAAAACUGGCCUGGAGUAUUGGGACAUUAUGGCGUGGGCAAGUGCAACACCAAUGGAGAACUCCUCCUAGCCUUGUGCUCUGAAUAUGGUCUGGUGAUAACCAACACUGUUUUCAAGCAUAAGCACACCCACAAGACGACAUGGAUGCACCCGAGGUCUAAGCACUGGCACCUCAUCGACUACGUGAUCACUAGGCAGAGAGACCAGAGGGACAUAGUCAACACCAGAGCAUUUAGAGGGGCUGAUUGCAACACAGAUCAUAACAUGGUGCUGUCCAAAAUCGCCUUCUCACUAAGGAAACAAGUCAAGAAAACUGGAGGACAGCACAGGUACAAUCUCAACGUGGCCAGACUGAAGUGUGACAAUGUGCGCAAAGACUUUCAGAGAAGUAUGACAACAUCACUACAGGAGAGCACAACAGGAGACUCGGAUGUUGUAGGGAAGUGGGAGACGUUAAGGGAUACAGUAUUUAAUACAAAAGAAAUCCUAGGCAAACCGAAACGCAAGCACCAGGACUGGUUUGACGAAACAGACGAGGAGCUAAACAGACUAUUAGAGGAGAGGAACCAGGCAAAAGCAAGACAGCUGACUGUAAACACCAGGUCUACCAGGGCAAACCUUGCAUCAGCACGCAGCAAACUACAGAAGUACACCCGACAGAAGAAGUCUCAGUGGUGGGAGACCAAAGCAGAGGAACUGCAGCACGCCGCAGCAGAAAACGACAUGAAGUCCUUCUAUGGAGGUCUUAGAGAAGUAUAUGGCCCACAAAGAGAGAGGCGGCUUGUGGGCAGUACUGAAAAGUUUGGCUGUACGGAUAAGAUUAUCAAUCUCGUGAAAGCGUUUCACGAAGGAAUGCAAGCUAAAGUCACUCGUGGGAGCGACUGCUCUGAGGGAUUCGCUGUCUCAACAGGUGUAAAGCAAGGGUGUGUGCUGGCUCCGACAAUGUUCUCAUUCUACCUGGCUGCCAUGCUGGAGGUUGCCUUCGAGGACACAAGGGAAGGUAUCUACAUCCAGACUAGACAUGAUGGGAACCUAUUCAACGCCUCACACUUCAAAGCUAAGACACGCACAACACGUCAGCUUGUCAGAGAUAUGCUUUUUGCAUACGACUGUGCUCUGGUUGCACACAGUGCAGCAGAGAUGCAGGCAUUGGUGGACAAAUUUGCACAGGCUGCCGCUAUGUUUAGCCUCAAGAUAAACAUCAAAAAGACUGAGUGCCUCUACCAGCCAACCACAGACUUCAACUACCUGGGUAGUACAAUCUCCAGCAAUGCUAAGAUUGAAAAGGAGCUGAGGAACAGAAUGGGAAGGGCGAGUGCAGCGUUCAGGCAACUAAACGAUCGGCUAUGGCAAAAUAAGCAUGUCUCGACCAGAGUUAAAGCCAAGGUCUAUCAGGCGGUGGUGCUGACAACACUCCUUUAUGGAGCGGAGGCAUGGACAAUCUACAGGCUUCAAGUGAAGAAACUGAGUGCGUAUAUGAUGCGACAACUGCGGGACAUUCUGAAGAUAUCAUGGCGGGACAAGAUCGCAAAUGCUAAGAUUCUCCGUCUGACUGACCUGCCACACAUGGCUGACAUGCUGAUUCAAAAGAAUUUAAGAUGGAUUGGUCAUGUCCAUCGUAUGGAGAGAUCUCGUUUACCACGCCAGCUAUUGUACAGUCAACUAGUAGAAGGGAAACGAAACCAAGGCCGACCUCGACUCAGACUCAAAGAUGUCAUGAAACGAAAUCUAAAGAGGAGAGACAUCAACGUGACAACCUGGAAGCAACUGGCUGAUAACAGACCGGCCUGGAGAGCUUCAAUCCAACCAUAG